AUGUUCGGGAUCCAGGAGCAUCUGAUGCGAGAAGUGAGCGGAUUAAAAGAGAGAAGUCUUGGAGAGGAGAUGGAUCCGAUCCGGUCGUGGGUGCGUAAUGUCGGGGUUGUGGAUGCGAACGUAGCGGCGCAAAGUGGAGUAGCCUUGUCAAGAGCUCAUUUUGAGAAGCAGCCGCCCUCAAAUCUCCGCAAGUCCAACUUCUUCCACUUUGUCCUGGCGCUCUAUGACAGACACGGCCAACCUGUGGAGGUGGAGAGGACUGCCUUUGUGGACUUUGUUGAACAUGACAAGGAGCAGACGGGAGAAAAGACAAACAACGGCACUCACUACAAGCUUCAGCUCCUCUACAGCAACGGAGUUCGCACGGAGCAGGAUCUUUAUGCACGACUUAUUGACUCUGUCACUAAACAGCCCAUAUCAUAUGAAGGACAAAACAAGAAUCCAGAAAUGUGCAGAGUUCUGCUCACACACGAGGUUAUGUGCAGCCGCUGUUGUGAGAAGAAAAGUUGUGGCAACCGAAACGAGACGCCCUCUGACCCAGUCAUCAUUGACAGGUUUUUCUUGAAGUUUUUCCUAAAAUGUAACCAGAAUUGUCUGAAGACAGCGGGAAACCCGAGGGACAUGAGGAGAUUUCAGGUGGUCUUGUCCAGCACUGUGAGUGUAGACGGCCACGUCCUAGCAGUGUCUGACAACAUGUUCGUCCACAACAACUCAAAACACGGCCGGAGGGCCCGCAGACUGGAGCCAGGCGAGUCCGUCGAGAAUUCUAUGGAAUAUGCCACCCCGUGUAUCAAAGCCAUCAGUCCCAGUGAGGGCUGGACCACCGGCGGGGCGAUGGUCAUCGUCAUCGGGGAGAACUUCUUUGACGGCCUGCAGGUGGUGUUUGGUAGCAUGCUGGUGUGGAGUGAGCUGAUCACGCCACACGCUAUCCGUGUCCAGACGCCUCCUCGACACAUCCCCGGUGUGGUGGAGGUCACACUGUCUUAUAAAUCGAAACAAUUCUGCAAGGGAGCGCCUGGGCGCUUCAUCUACACAGCCCUAAAUGAGCCAACUAUAGACUACGGUUUCCAGCGCCUUCAAAAGGUUGUUCCUCGACAUCCUGGUGACCCAGAGAAACUAGCCAAGGAGAUCCUUCUAAAGAGAGCAGCAGAUCUUGUGGAGGCCCUCUAUGGAAAUCCACACAGUAAUCAGGACAUGCUGCUGAAACGUGCGGCGGACAUCGCAGAGGCGCUCUACAGUGUUCCCCGUCCUCACAGUCAGCUGCAGGCUCUGCCUAGCUCACCAGCCCACGGCAGUGUCAUGGGCCUGGGCUCAUAUCCUUCUCAGUUGGGCGUCAGCAUCGGGGAGCAUGGACAGAGCAGCCAAGGUUACAUUAGAAAUUCCAGCAGUUUGUCUCCAAGGGGAUACCCAUCAGCCUCUACUCCCCAGCAGUCAAGCUACGGCGGCGGCGGAGGGAUGACUGGAGGCUAUGGGACAGUUCCCAUGACCAGUCUAGGAGUACCUGGCUCUCCUGGUUUCAGCAGUGCCUCCCCAACAGGCUCUCCCUACAUUAUGCCCUCCAGCCCCACUAUACCAGGGAGCUCCAGCUCUUCAUCGUCUCUCUUGCCUUUCUCCUCCUUCCCGUCUGCUGCUAAACAGAAGAGUGCUUUUGCUCCCGUCCUCAGGCCCCAGGGCUCUCCCUCCCCUGCCUGCCCCGCCUCAGGGGGAACAGCUUCAGAGGUAGCCAUCCAAGUCACUAUCUGA